AUGGCUGUGAUAUGGGGUCUCAAUUUGAAGGAUAUUCAAUGGUGGAAGUUCAAGAGCUCAUACAUGUUUGGUAACAAAGAUUACCAUCUACGACGGACGAAGUUUGUGGUCUAUCAGAUUGCCAUGAUAUGCUGCGUUGUUUCUGAGUCUGUCGGAACCGCCGCUUUAACAGACUACGUGAAACAGCAAUCGACAAUUGAACGAUUACAUUCGUCAGCUAGUGUUCACAACGAUGACUUCGUCGGUAUUGCUUCCUACAACAUCUUUGUGGGCAUCGCCGUUGCUACAGUCUUCGGUGCCGGAUUCUUCUUUGAUCUCUUCUUCCCGGAGCGUUGGGAACCUCGCAACAUUCGAUGGUCAUGGAGACUUGCCGCCUUGUUCGUCACUUUAUGCUGUAUCGCCGAUACCUUAGCCUUGACCGUGAUCGUGGCGACAGGUAAUGCCUGGAUCUCUGCUGACAGUCAGGACGCCGAAGAAAUUGCGGAGGAGAAAAUCAACCCUCCUCUACGAUACCGAGACAAUGGUCGGGCUAUUGCUAGUGUGGUGUUCUUGUGGAUUGGGAUGGCUGCCACUGUGGCCAGCUGUAUUAUUCUCUGGCUGUACUACAACCACCUCGACACCUAUGGUCCCAAGUCUCACACUGCCCGGAUGCGAGACGAAGUCGACAAGAGUAUUUUGACCGCCGAGCGAGUGACUUUGGAAAGAAGGUCGAGAGACCAGGUGAUAUUUCAUCAUGGCGAUGGAAGAAUUUGA